UGUAACGAAAAUUUUGCCAUAAUUAGACAUAAUUUUUUCUCCUUCAAAAUGCAAUUCCUACGCUAUGCCAUUUUAAGUAUUUCUUUUUUAAUUUUGUGUCAAAUGACGUCUACCCAAGGAAUACAAGUUGGAAGGUGCUAUGAGGACCGGGAAUGUGGGGUUGGAUUUUACUGCUCCUCCAACCUUUGCGAAACAUGCGUACCUUGCGAAAGCAUAUUUAAUCGCCAGUCGCUAAUGUACAGCUCAGGUGAACCCGUAUGUGCAAAGUCAGUGGCCAAUUGUGGCCAGUGUUUCAAAGGAUUUCAAUCUAUUGCUAGAAGUGAUGGACAAUUUACUGAAAAAUGUUUCCCAUCGGUUCAAUCCAUUCCGUCCUCCACCACUUCAACAGCGGCACCAGCAGCAUCGGUCAUGUUCCUUCUUUGUUUCUUUGGUCGGAUCAUCAAUCAAUCGUGAAUGCUGCCGUUUCCCAUUUCCCACAGACAUCAAAACUGUUAUUCGCACAAAUAUUUUCAUAGAGUUUUCGCGUGUGUUAAAAUUUUGUCUCAUCAUUAUACAUUCAUCACUCUAUCUCUA